AUGAGUAUCGCCAAAGUUCCGGCAGCACCUCGACAUGGUUCGAUGCUCAGUUCGCUGAAAGCUCAAUAUCGCAAGCUGCGUACAUUUAAGGGCACAGUCCGAGCGCUUAUCAACCUCAAGCGGUCACCGCUACUAAGUGUUGUCAAGGUCACUUCACCGACGAAGUACCCAGGAUUUCAGCUACCGCGGCUUCUAGCGUCCAGUCUCAAGUUCGAAAGCUUGUGGCUGACGGGACAACUUGGCAAAGCGCGUGAGCCUCCAACAACAUCCCCAUAUGAUUGCACUUACGCAAGUCUUUGGAACUGCGCACUGCAAAAUGGAGAGAAGAAACUCAAGUUCGAUGAUUACGAGGCGUACAUGUUGUGCUUACACCGCUUAAUUCUGCCUGAGUUCAAUAUCACUGCCUCGAAAGAACUCAUCAGGGACGACUGGAAGCGAGAUAGCGGAGAGCAGGACUUUCUGGACUACUCUUUCUUUCACCUGUCGAUGUUCGAACUUGUUGAUGUGUCAAAUGUUGACAUCUUAGAAAAGUCCAAGGGGGUAACAAUGGAAGUCAUCGAGCAGGACUUGCAACUAGAGUUGUCCAGUGAAGCGUUCAAGUUUUAUCGAGAUCAGAUUAAGCUUGCAACCAAAGCAGCACACAACGUUGAGCAAGGUCCAAAUGAAAGAACCAGUUUAAGACGACAGUCGCGAAGCAAACAACGCGGAAACGACAGUCUCGUCAGAACGCAGUCGCGGCGUUCGAGCGAACUUAGCAGUCCGAGACACAGUCAACCAGGUGGUAGUCGACGCUCAUCAAGAUCCCAGUCACGAGGAGCGAUUGAAUUGAAUAUUUUGCGGCCACAGUCGCGAAGUCAACAAGGUGAUAACGAAAGCUCACCCAGAUCGCAAUCGCGCGAGCGUAAACUCUCGUCAUCGAGAAGAGAAGAACCAGACGGAUCCAUUAAGAAUGGCUCUGAAAGUAUCAAGAUGGAACCUUUAUCGCAGAGCUAUCCGGCUGGAACGAUACCGAGAAAACAAACUGGACUUCAACGAGGGACUUCGCCCAAUAUAUUUUCCCGCGGUGGAGGCGUGGUGUUGAAUAUUGGUAUGAUGGACGCCGACAGUCCCCGCGAGCCAUCUCAAUCAUCCGGACUGCAUGUGAGCCACAUUGAAGCAUUAGGGUCGACUCUCCGCACUGGAACACAAGACCCCAAUGCUUUAGGGUUGUCACUCAACCCAGGUGCAGCAGAUUUCGGAACCAUUCGAGAACCGUUUACGGUACGCACUGCUGCUGUUGCUGAAGCAGCAGCCAACAUGGCCGUGCCGGCGUCUCCUUCGAACUCAGGACAACCCUUUUCUGCCCAACAUACACUGCUCCAAUUGCAGCAGCAUAUACCACAGUCCGACGCGAAUGGCCCUUAUAUCAACAAUAGCAGUCUUACCGCACCGUUGAUAACGAUCAUAAGUAGCAAGGCACCAACUCCGAUCAACAAGAUUAAUCUGCAAUUGCACGAGAUGCAGGCUACACGACCGCAAACCCCUCACGAAGGUCGUUUGGGAACACCGAUAUCAUCACCUCGGGCCAGUAAUGCGAUCACCGCUCAAGCUAUCGGUAUCUUCAUCUCUUCACAGCAACAACCGAAGCCUCCAACUUCCACACGACCAAUAAAUCUCGGAACCAUUUUGAGCAGCGACCACCACCCACCGAAAGUUUCUAAAGCUCUGCAACAAUUUCAACAGGACGAAAGUCCGUCCCUAGUUGCAGUCGUACCCGGUUUAGUGCCAGCAACUAUCGUGCCACUGACAAUAAGUGGUAAGCCGGCAGCCCCUAACAUCCGUGUCGAAUCAGCUCACCAACAGCCGUCGAAAGAAAAAGCCCCUGUGUUGCUUGAGGACGGGUCAAUAACCCGCAAAUUCAACGGAGUGACGAGGACUUCCCCGCCAAAAGACGACUCGAAAUCGCUGUUAUCACCUCGGUACGUCGUCGCUGAACCCGCUGUUUCCCACCGUUCUACACCGAUUUCAACCCUGAAACAAGCAAGUAUUCAACCUCACGGCUCGAUUCGAGGAUUUACCGGUAUUAAAAACAGCCCGCGAAUCCGACAGCAGCCUUCGAGGCUUGUCACUGAUCCAGCAACAAGCUACUUGCAGCAGCAUCGUCAGCAGCGACAUCUGUCUGAGCCUCAGGAACUCGUCCAAGCUCGGAUAGCAUUGUUCCGUCGGUUCAUCGCCCGCUUCGGACCGCUCGAGUUUAGUUUGUCCAAACUGGUGGCGUGCUUCUGCAUAAACCGCGAGUUGGUGCCUUGGUUCCAUGGAGAAAUCGGGAGGGACGAGGCCGAGAGUGUGCUUUCCACUCGAGAGCGUAGCGAUGGCGCGUUUCUGGUGCGGUUUUCCGAGUCCCACCCGACGAAAUUCACACUGACAUACCUUAAAAUUCAUUCGGCGAGCUCGAAUACUCCGGGGAGACGGGAAUUGAAGAAUUGCCUGGUGAAUAAUCUAGGAGCCACAGGGUAUGCGCUAACAGAGGCAGUGAGACGAGGAGGUGCGCGUGCAAGUGUUAGACAGCGCACGUAUCCGUCCAUUGGAGCGUUUAUCCAGUCUAGCUCAGCUCGACUCAAAUACGGGGUGGCGUCGGAGUUCUCUUCGAAGUGUAAUCAGGAACUGGCGGCGGUACGAGCUAUACAGGAUCAACAGAGCGACUCGUAUGCGGCAUUUAGUGCGGAAUCCUUUGGGAACCCAGAGCCACCCGCCAACGCGACUUUCUCACGAACUCCACCGUCGCAAUCUUCGUUCCUCAAUACGCCAAUGUUUAACAUGAACGCUGGCAACGCAAGUGGAGGGAUCUCUGAUAGCUAUGCAAGUUUUACGUUGGAUUCAUUAGCGCCGCCUACGGUGCAUCGUGUGGAGGAUCCACCGUCCACUUGCCAUUACGAAGACAGCGAUGGGAAAGGUUCGUCUGCUUCAAGACCGUUCGUUAGCGACUACGGAAGUUUUGCAGCUUUUGCACAGCAGCGACAACCACAAGAGCAAGCACAACCCUCAACAGCUCAACGUACACCUGCUGUCUCUGAUGAGUACGCCUCCUUCGCGAACUUAGCGUCCACCUAUUCGCACGAUUCCCAGCAAGCAGCAAUACGACAAGCCACUGCAUUUUCAAGAUCGCCAUCGUCUACCAUCCAAUCGGGUUUUGCGAACACUGGGGCGUAUGGAUCGUUUGCCAGUGUCGCCGUAAGUAAACCCACAACUGCCGAUGCCCCGAACAGCCGCAAACACUCAGCCACCGACGACUAUGGAAGCUUUGCUUCACUAGCAGACGAGUUUGAGGACAAGAGACCGCAGUGGGAACAAUCACUGGGACCACCUCCUCCACCCAUGACCGCACCUGCCAGCGCUGACGUCUACGGAGACUUCGCUGCUCUAUCACUCAGUAAUAAAGUGUCAACACACAAGGAACAAGCGCCACCACCAAAGUCGCUGCCGAUAGCUCCAAACGCGGACGUGUACGGGUCGUUUGACCCCACAGCGUCAACUCCGGCGACGACGAUCACGCCAACUACCUCCGCCCUGGAUGAACUCAACGUCGGGAUGGAGUUUUACAAGCAAAAGCGGCUAGACGACGCCCUUCUCCGCUUCAUGUUGGCGCAGGAAAUGGCGCGGUCAACUGGAGAUCAAGUAGUGGAAGCACGCGCGUUGGGUAACCUUGGCACCGUGUACUUGGACAAGAAGAAUCCACAUCAAGCUGUGCGUUGCUACCAGCAUUGUCUCGAUAUCACCCGCGCCAUUGAGGACACUAAAAGGGAACGCACCAUCCUCAACAACCUCGUUCUUGCACUAGUAGCAAGUGAAGACUUGGAACGUGCACUUUCGUGUUGUCAAGUGCAGUUGGAGACCACCACAAAUGCCAUGAAUCGUCGCAAAAUCAUCUCUCGGAUGAGUCUGCUUCGCGAGAAAAUGGCGCGUCAAGCCACAUCGUGA